AUGGUCGCUACUAUCAAGAAGUACAAGGCUGCUGCCGUCAACGCUGAGCCUGGAUGGCUCGACCUCGAACUCUCCAUCCAGAAGACUAUCCACUGGAUCAACGAGGCUGGCCAGAAUGGCUGCAAGCUGAUUGCCUUCCCUGAACUGUGGGUUCCUGGCUACCCUUACUGGAUGUGGCGUGUCAACUACCAAGAAUCUUUGCCUCUGCUGAAGAAGUACCGCGAGAACAGUCUUCCCAGCGACAGCCCUGAGAUGCACCGUAUCCGUGCUGCAGCAAAGGAGAACCAGAUCUUUGUUUCUUUGGGAUACUCCGAGGUUGACCUUAACUCGCUUUACACCACUCAGGUCUUGAUCUCUCCUACUGGUGACAUCUUGAACCACCGCCGCAAGAUCCGCGCUACCCACGUUGAGAGACUUGUCUUUGGAGAUGGCACCGGCGACACCACCGAAUCAGUCGUUGAUACUGAGAUCGGUCGCAUCGGCCAGCUCAACUGCUGGGAAAACAUGAACCCCUUCCUCAAGUCAUACGCCGUCAGCAAAGGCGAACAAGUCCACAUCGCCGGCUGGCCUCUUUACCCUCACGCCACAACCCUCAAGUAUCCCGACCCUUACACCAACAUCUCCGAUGCCAACGCCGAUAUUGUGACUCCCGCAUACGCCAUCGAGACCGGCUCUUUCACCCUCGCUCCCUUCCAGAUGAUCUCCAAGGAGGGUGUUGAUCUCCAAACUCCUCCCGGCAAGGAAAGAGAGGACCACAGAAUCUACAACGGCAACACUAGAAUCUACGGUCCUGAUGGUCAGCUCUUGAUCACCAAGCCCAGUGACGACUUUGAGGGUUUGGUAUACGUCGAUAUCGAUCUUGAUGAGACACACUUGAGCAAGGCUUUGAACGAUUUCGGUGGUCAUUACAUGCGUCCCGAUCUUCUCCGUCUCGUCGUCGACACCGACCGCAAGAGUCUCAUCAACAAGGUCGAUGGCAGUGGCAAGUUCAUCGUCGAAAAGACCGUCGACCGUGUAGGCUUGAGCACUCCUUUCAAGGACCUGCCUAUCGCUCGGAAGGCUGAGGCUGACUCUACUUCUACUCAAGACAAGGAGUAGGGAGUGGUAUAGUGGUGGUCGGAGGUCGAUGAUAAGUCAGCUAGCUCUUCUUUC